AUGGUCAGAUCCAAGUCCCAUGUAGUGCUCGGAAUGGACACGAUUUCGAUCCCCGUGAUGGCCUAUCCUCAUGCCUCGUCCCCAUCCAAUAGUCCUUGCGAGGAUCUAUAUCACAAUGCUCGACGUCAACAAGGUAACGAGACACCCACGAAGACGGUAGCCCCGCAAUGCGACACCGCACAUCAACGAGGAAGCCAUGAGGAUAUGUUGGAGGCAGAUGUCGCGAUCGCGUUCGAUUUCCGCGUCUCCGCACCACCGGACGAAGUCUUUCCUUCCAAAGCUGGGUUGCAGCAAAGCCCACAAGGCGUCCCACGGAUAGGACUCGCCCUCGGGAGUCCAAGGAUGCUUGACCACCGUGAUGAGCUGCCCCCUCCACAAUUCAAGACCGAAAUCUUCACAAAGCAAGCUGCUUCAUCGUCGCUUCCGCGAAAAUCGAGCAAAUGGAGGAAGAUUGGCGGCCUAUUCAAGGCGAAACAUGCGCUGACGACGUCGAUCCCCGACGCCGGCACAUCCUCAAGGCAGGCCUCCCGCCGGCAACAGAAUCAGCCUGGCUUGUCACAGAUGCCAGGAUCCCAGUUCACCGAUGAGUGGCCCAAUUUUGACAUGAAUUCUCAACUAGGCGGGGCCGUGGGAUCCAAAAACGGUCUUUUGCUGGAGGUGGAUAUCCCCGCCGCGCAGAUGGAACGCUACAGCGUCAUGUUUGGCCAGGUGAUGAAACAGAAUAAUCAGAGGCCCUCACUCUUGACCAGGAGGAGUAAGACUUUGGACAGUCUACGCUUACCAGACAAUGAGGCUUUCUUAAGCACAAACCGACCCCCGGUCCCCCAAAGGAGGGCCACCUCACCAGCACGAAGCAAUUUUACUCUUUUUCCCAGUGCGCAGCCUACCAGGACCAUUCAACGGCCGGGCACACAGAACUUUUCUCGAGGCCCGAGCCCAUUGCCCCGGUCGAGCAUUUUGCCCGUUGAGAGUCCCUCAAGCGUGAAUAAAGGAGCCAUGGGCGAGGCUUCCAAUGCCUUAAACGGCUCCCCAUCUGAUUCUGCCAUUGUUCCGCGUCGAUUUGCCUCGCCGGAUUCUCUGCGACGGUCUUCACUUGAUACGCCUCUACCUACAGUCAAGCCAGAACCACGAGUGGGAUGUUCAUUGCCUGUUUUUCAUCAAGCCCGGGACAAUGUUAACAGCAUUCGAGGUGACAGCACAGACUCUGGGUCGAGAGAUGAGAAGCUUGUGUUUCCAAACGUGCCCUUUACCGAGCUAGAGAGACCGUCAUCCAGUACGAGUAAGGAGAAGCAGCUUGCUAUCCCCAUAGCAAAGUCGAGACGACGAUCAUACAGUUUGGGACCCCCUCGCACAUCAGCAACCGCAUCAAGUGCUACAGCCUUACCUGGAAGUCAAGAUGGACGACAAUUUCAAUCCUCGAAUAUACCAAUCCCCCAAACAUCAACCCCUCCUCAUCAACAACAACGGAAGGCUUCAUUGCAAACUUCUAGAAUGCAGUACGUCCGCUCACCCAAUCCAUCGCCCUCUCUGCAACCGACGACUUCGCACCGGCAACCUCUACCACGGCCCACCGAAUCCUCAACCUCUCUCUUAAACUCUCAACCCAAACCAGCCCGUCCUGAAUUGAGAAUUGCAACCAACCCACGAACCCGGCCUCCACUCCAAAUGAUUGGAGGAAGCUCAUCCACCUCCCUAGGAUCUCGCACUCACUCGGAGACCAACACGAUGCUCUCUCCUUCCGUGGAUCCCCCUCAACGCGCAAAAUCACCGACUACUCGAGCACUCAGUCCUUGGUCCGCAGGCUCCUCGCCAAGUGUGCUAUCACCCCGUAUGCCUUUGGCUACAGACCCUGACGAAAUUGAGGACGAAACUGGGCCCGAAACCAAGGUUCCCGUCAUCGAGGUCUCCAUCGCACGUUCGGUAUCGGUCUCUCGGGCGAAACGUCAGGUUCUGGUCCCGGUUGGUGCGCGCGUGGAGGCGCUUUUACCCAAGGAGCGGGUCAUCGAGCGCGGGCCAAUGAUGCCGCGAAUUAUGGAUACAAGCAUUCGAAGUAAACAUGCAGUAUCGCAGCAUUUGAGGAUCGAAUUGCUCGAAUGA